UUCUAUAUAGUGACGUGAUCGCGGUGUUCCAGCUGAGCCGCAGAAGAAGAAGGAGGACCUGGCCGUUAGCAUUAGCAUCGCUUUCAGCUGUGCAGGUAGCAGACACCUGCGGUCCACACGUCACUGUCGCCGUCAUCCUCGGAGACAUGUCCCUCCAGGAGACGCUGCAGCAGAGGAUAAGCUCCGCCCAGGUGCUGCUGCAGCGGGCGGAGCAGCUGUGUCCAGGUGUGGAGGGUCACCUGAAGCUGUGCGGUAAGCUGCGUUCUGAGCUGCGAUUCUUGCGGCGGGUGGAGUCGGGCGAGCUGCAGGUCAAAGAGUCUCACCUGCACAGCACCAACCUGACCCACCUGACUGCCAUCGUGGACUCCGCCCACAGCCUGGAGGAUGUGGUGGCGCUGCUGCACGUCUUCACCUACCAGGACUCCUCCGGCCGGCGCCGCACGCUGGUGGUGGACGUGGUGGCGAACGGCGGACACACCUGGGUGAAGGCUGUGGGCAGAAAGGCGGAGGCGCUUCACAACAUCUGGCAGGGGCGGGGCCAGUAUGGCGACAAGAGCAUCAUCCGGCAGGCGGAGCUCUUCCUGCAGGCCAGCCGCCAGCAGCCGGUCCACUACCGCCACCCGCACGUUGUGUUCGCCUUCUACAACGGCGUCUCCUGCCCCAUGGCCGACCGCCUCCGAGACAUGGGCGUGUCCGUCCGUGGUGACAUCGUGGCCGUCAACACCUUGGUGACCGAGGAGGACGGCGAGGAUGGCGAGGAGGAAGAGGAGGAAGAGGAGGACGACGAACCAGCUGACGACAGCGACGACGAAGAGGCUGCUGCAGGGCUGACGCAGGUGGACCGUGGCACGGUGGUGGCCAGUCUGGCUUUUCCGGCAAACGUGCAGGUGGAGGAGUGUCGGCGGGCGAACCUCGACAUCACCACCCUCAUCACGUACGUGUCAUCGCUGAGUCAUGGCCGCUGCCACUUGGCCUUCAGGGAGCCGGUGCUGACCGAGCAGGCCGCGCAGGAGCGCCGGCAGCAGGUGCUGCCGCAGCUUGACGCCUUCAUGGCGGGAAAGGAGCUGUUUGCCUGCCGUGCUGCCAUCCACGACUUCCAGGUUAUCUUGGAUACGCUGGGCGGGCCAGGCGAGAAGGAGCGCGCUCAGAAACUGCUCGCCCGCCUCCACGUGGUCGACGAUCGGCCGUCGGAGCGCACGCUGCGCCUCACGCCCAGCGCCAAGGUCAACCACCGCUCGCUCAUGAUCUUUGGCACAGGAGACUCCCUGAGAGCUGUUACCAUGACGGCCAACAGCCGCUUUGUCAGGGCGGCGGCCAAUCAGGGCGUCCGCUACAGCGUGUUUAUCCACCAGCCUCGAGCGCUGACGGAGGGCAAGGAGUGGAGGGCCACGCCUGUCUGAAAUGGCCACGCCCAUCAGAGGAGGCCACACCCACUCAGAGACUUUUUGUGCAGGGGCUGGUGAGAGUUUGAGUUGUACAAGUCACCUGAUCAGCUGCUGUUUCUGUUGAUGAUCAAUAAUCAAAGAUCAAUAAAGCAUCUCAGGCA